UGUUUUUCUUCUUUCGCCUGGAUUCUCCAUGUUGUUGCAGAAAAAGUGAGGGCUUUACCUAGACUAGAGGGGGCUAUGGAUAAAUAUACAUGCGAUAGAGUAAACUGAGACUCGAAUCCUACAGAAUAGCAGAUAAGAGAAAACAAAACAAAGUGGCAUGCCCCUCCCAUGUGGAAGAGAAUAGAAGGCGGGAAUAAAUAAAUAAAUAACAAAAUAAUUCGUCGCCGUCGGUUUGAGAUAUUUUUUGCGCGAACGGAAAUUAUUCAUUUCAGGCAUCGCUAGCUAUUAAUGCCACUAAAUGCGGGCCGACUGUUUGUCGCUGGAAAAGGUUGGUUGGACGUUAAGGGCUGUGCGUUUGUUAGAUGGAAAGUUCUAUCAUCACUCAAGUGCAGAGAGAGGACUCUGUGUCGUCUUCGAAAACAGAUCGGGUGAAUAAAAGCUCGCCUCAGAAACCUGGAAGUCGAAAUAUCUUCAAAAAGCUCAUCUGUUGCCUUCGAGCACAAGAUGCCCAGCUGCCAGCUUCACCUACCCAUGAUGCCUUGCUAGCACCUGAGGACAAUGGAACCGUUGCCAAAAUACCAGGAGAGUGUCUUCUACCAGCAUUGACCUCUCAGGACCAGGGUAAGAUCUGUGUGGUCAUAGAUCUGGAUGAAACACUGGUGCAUAGCUCCUUUAAGCCAAUAAGCAAUGCUGAUUUCAUCGUGCCUGUGGAGAUCGAGGGGACCACACACCAGGUGUAUGUGUUGAAGCGGCCAUAUGUGGAUGAGUUUCUUCAGAGGAUGGGAGAAUUGUUUGAAUGUGUUCUGUUCACUGCCAGCCUGGCUAAGUAUGCAGACCCAGUGACUGACCUGCUGGAUCGGUGUGGCGUGUUCCAGUCACGGCUCUUCCGAGAAUCUUGCGUGUUCUAUCAAGGCUGCUAUGUUAAAGACCUGAGUCGACUCGGCCGUGAGCUCCACAAAACCUUGAUCCUGGACAACUCCCCUGCCUCAUACAUAUUCCACCCUGAGAAUGCUGUUCCUGUGCUGUCCUGGUUCGAUGAUACAGAGGACACAGAGCUGCUUCACCUCAUCCCAGUAUUCGAAGAGUUAAGCCAAGCCGAUGAUGUCUACAGCAGACUAGAACAACUCAGGGGUCUCUAAUCCCUACACUGUCAGAACAGGGCAAACCUCCAGGUUGUGUUGCACUGACUGCCAAUCACAUACAAGCAGCUCAUAUGACAGUAGACUCCCCCCUCUGACCUAAAAACACAAAAGCUUAUAAUCUACUGAAAAUUGUGCUGUUCUGUUACUUGGUUCAAGUGACUUAACUGUUCGAGAUGAUAAAUAUUUUUAUCGGAGACCGACUCUGUCAUCGAGUCUUUUGCAAUAAUAAUUUACAAUUUUUUUAUUACUUUUUACUUUUCUAGUUUGAUUAUUUUUUCUUUGACAUCUUUGGGAGAUUAAACCAGAUGCUGAUGAACAUUAUAAAAUUCAGGUCAAUCUAUGCAAGUUCUACUUGAACAGAUCACUAUUACACACUGUUUGUUUUAAUCUUUAUCAUUGAUUUAUCAUCAUACUUAAAAUAUUUUCAGGCAGUCUAGUGUUCCUAAUGUAUUCCAGACUCAUAAUGCCAGAAGAAUUGUAAAAUGGCAUGAAUGGGAUACAUAUUUUUAUUAUCCAACAUGCUAUGCAAAUGUUUUUUAUAACAAAUGUGACACCAACUCAUACACAUGUCUUGUUACUUUAAAGGCCUUUAAACACAAUUCAAUUUCACUAAGGUGCUUUAACAUGACAUUUAACGAAACACCUGUUUUUUUCUCUGUUUUGUGUGAAUUACAAGCACACACUGUUAAGUUACUUUGAUAUUUACUGUAUUCGUCUUAAAGUGUCCUUAUAUCUGCUUCAAGUGUACUUGAGUUUUGUUAUGAUGCUUGAGAGACAGAAUUAACACCACACAUAUUGAACCAAAGAAAUGCAUGUUGUUUAGUUUAUCGUACUCAUUGAGGGUUUACAUCAUGCUGUAUUUUGUCCAGACAACUACUUGUGCUGUCAUCUAUGUGUAUAUUUGGUUGAAACUUGAAUUCUUCGUAUGAAACGCUGUUGGCACAGACCAGCUGCUCCACCACCUUUUGUUUUUAAAUAUGAUCAGUUGUUUUUACUGUAGCAUAAGUAUUAAAAUGGCAAUUUUAUAUUCACAGCAAAAUGUUCAAAGGGUGGUGUCUUACCUGUGUAAGGUUUGUGUUAUGUGAUGUUCGACUUUUGUACUGCCGACAAUACACUUGUUUUCCUGUGCAACAUAAAAUAGUUGAAAUUC